AUGGCCGCCGUGAACGAGCACGUCCUGCUCAGCCAACCCGACAAGCUGGUCCUGCUCGCCGAGAUCCCGGCGGCAGAUUCACAGGCCGCCGUCGUCACGUUCCGGCUGCUCGUCGAGCAAUGCACCGACUACGGCGGCGGCACCAUGGACGUCGAAACGGUGGAGGACGUGGCCUGCCGCGUGCCGCUCCGGGAGCUCGGCCGCCAGGGCGCCGCGUACCGUGCGUUCGGUGACCUCGUGGCCCGGCUCGACAACCCGAUGCUGCGCCCGGAGGUCGCGACGGAGACGCGGAGGGCGGCGGCGCGCUUCCAGGCGCGGUGCGACGCGGCCGACGAGCUCGGCCUCGGCGGCGUGGAGUUGCGCCUGCGCGUCAUGUUCAUCGACGCGUUCGAGCCAGAGGAGGAGGAGGAGGACGACGAGGGCGGGAGCGACAUGGAGUUCGGGGAGUUUGAUCUGAGCGGGGCGCGGAACCUGCAGGAUUAUCAGCAGCAGACCGGCGCCGGACACGAGGACGACGACGAAGACGAGGACGGCUGCGGCGCGCAGUUCUCGGUGCGCCCGUACCGCGGCGGCGGCGCGCUCGCGGGAGAGGAGGGGAACCUGCUGCUGUCGGGCUUCGAGGCUCGCUCCGACGGCCCCGAGCUCACCGAGCAGCACGAGCUGACGUCGCACGACAUGCGCCGCCUCGUGCACCUGGCGCUGGAAGGAGGCGGGAGCAUGGAGGACGACGAGGCCUACCAGCGCGCCAUGGCCGGCGGCACGCCCUUGUCGCGUGCCUCGCGCGCCGCCAUGGUCGACCAGGCGCUGCAGUCCGCCAACCAGCGCCGCCAGCAGUUCCGAUCGCCGAGCCAGGUGUUCCCAAUGCGAACCGGAUUCUGA